AUGACUUCCCUUCUCAAGAAAACGUCUAUAUUCGGUGGUGACAGGCCAUGGUCACCUCUUGACUGGACAUCUUCAGACGACCGAGUUCGCGGCGGCUCCUCUAUCUCAGAACUCGCUUGCAACCCUCUCUCACCUACCGCCAUCUUCCACGGCAACCUCGACACCAAAACACUAGGUGGCGCAGGCUUUGCCUCACAGCGAACAACCGGAGAGGACCGAAACUGGGAUCUCUCCAAGUAUGAUGGUCUAGUCCUUGACAUUGCCAAGUCAGACGAGAAGAAAUAUACCUUGACAUUGAAGGACGAGCUGCUGCCCAAAAUGCCAAACGGCAGGGACCAAAGUACCGUGAGCUGGGAAUAUGAUUUUAAGGCAAACCCACAUGGGGGAAAGAUAUUCAUCCAAUGGGACGAAUUCAAGCCUACGUACCGGGGACGAGAUAAGAAGGAUGCAAAGCCUUUGGACUUGCAGCAUGUGAAAAGAAUCAGCUUCAUGAUGCGCAGUUUUUUUGCUACUCAAGAGGGCGAUUUCUCGUUAUCCAUUAAUUCGCUGUCGGCUUUCUCCAAGCAUGACAAGGCAACAGGAGAGCAGUUGCAUAAUGGCUUAAAGCAUAGAGCGACAUCCAACUCAGCGAACGGCACUUCCGGUGGUGGCACCCAAGGAUGGUUCAACUGGAUGUUUUCAUCUUGCGUAGCAUCAUGA